AUGACUGCUGAUGAUGUUGCUGGCAAAGUAACGACAACAAUUGUGGAUGAUGAAGAUUAUUCAGAGAAACAAACAGUCUCUCAUUCUGGUGUUUACUUUCUUCUUUUGGUCGUUCAACCCUAUCAAGUACAAAUUCUUUACUUUUCGAAAUCAGAUCAAUCACCUCGUAUUCUUGUGGAUAUCGUAACAAACAAAAUUUCUGCUGUAGAAAGACAAACCAAUCAAAGGCUAUUGUUGACUGAUUUACAGGAAAAGAGAUAUUGCAGUCCCUAUUUAGAAGCUCCAUCCGUUCAUGAAACAUCCAGUCACCCGUCUGAAAAAUCAUCAGCAUCAGAUAGUAGCAGCAACGAUGAGAACGACCACAAGGAUACCAUAGCAAAAAAAAACCUGGAUUUUUCACCUGGCGAAUUUCAAUGUCCUAAUGUAUAUCGAAAAGUGUUCCCAUUACAUUGGCGAGUUCCUUCAGACAAGGCGCUAAGGUACCUGAAGAACGAUGUACUACGACCCUUCACUGUGCUCAAUCGAUCGGAUAUUUAUGUGGUUGAAAGAGCUGGUACUAUUGUCUAUUGUAAGAUCUAUGAAAAAUUGUAUACUGAUGACUUGACUAUGGAUGGCGAAGGAGAUAGUGGAAAGAAAAAGGAAACUCAAGACAGCAAGAAUAUAUUAGCUGGAACAACAAAAACUUCUCCUAUAAUGACAACUCAAGUAUCAGUGACAACCAAUGAAUUGGAAAUGAUUGUAUUUGGCUUGGAAUGUCCCGAUUGGAUUACCUAUGAUUUUGUGGAUCUGAUUGAAAAUCGACUUUUAUCUGAAGUCACUUUAGUUGAACUACAAACCUUCUUUGCCCGAAAUCCAACUAGUAAACCUACUCCAUCGGAUGUUCGAUUUAUUUUACCAUUGGGUGAAAAGCCUCCUCAACGACAUAUUCUAUGUAUCCCAUCUUUGGUAACUCAACCUUCGUUAUUACUUGGUUUUUUCAAACGGUUCUUGAUGAGGGACAAUAUCAAGCCAUUCAAAGGUCCAAGUGUUAUUUCCGCCAUUGAUGCUUCAUCUUAUGGUGCAUUGAAGAACGAAGAUCAGUUACAUGAACAACAAAAUAUGGAUAACAACGAUAUGAAAAGUGAUAUUCUACGACGUGAUGAUCUUUGUUUUUAUUACAAUUGUACCAAACGGAUCCCUGGGGUUUCUAGUCCUCUUGAAUUGGCAUGUGGACAAGGAAUGGCUGGAAUAUGUAUGACUAUACGUGACGCGACUAAACAACCUUUAACACCUUCCCAAGAAACGAUUAUCACUCAAUUCCCACCACAUCAUCGCACACUAGCGUCGACUUUCCAUUUUGAUCCUGAUCUUAUUCGUCAAUGUCUUGAAUCCGAUCUGUGUCUAUCAUCCUCUGUAUCAUCAUCGGUGACAACGAUUAGAGAUGAUCAAUAUCAUAUCUGGGUAGAUUUAUGGUCCAUUGGCUCUGUAGAUGGGACUAUAUUAUUACAGUAUAUUCAUAAUUGUUUUCGUCAAGCCUUGUGUGAUUACUUUAUUGAAGAAACGGUAACCAUCGAUCUUGGAACUGUGGUACUCUAUCAAGCGAAUGCUUUACAAAAAGCCAUUUUGUCAUCUUCAACCAGCCGACAACAUCAUCCAUCCUCACAUCGUCAACUCAGUACUUUGAUACGGAAGAAAUUCAUCGAUUCCAUCAUUUAUAUGCUUAGAAAAUCCGUUGAAUGGAGAAACCCAACAGUACAUUCUAUCAGUACACCCGAAGGAUUGGAGAUCCAGCCAUGGUGCAUGAAGGAAGUUAUCUCAGAUUUGGAGGAUCAAUUGAUACAUCUGGACCCGUCAUUGGAACCCACAGUGACCUGGAAA